AGAUCGAUAAAAGGGUCGGGAAAGCUGAUUUUGCGCAUCUGCCCCGUAGUUGCCUUUCCAUCUACUCAGACCGUCGCCGAGCCACAAAGACGUCACAUAACAUAACACAUCGUCAUCAUGAAGAUUUACUUAAUCGGGUCAAGCCUGUGUAUAGCCACGAUGGUCGCUUGUAUGGACAUGACCGGCCGUGAAUGCGGAGAUCUAGGUCCGCCGCCGUCCAUACUGGACAUGCCACCGCCACCGAUGCCAUCAUUUUUAGCUGCCGUCCCGAGUGAUCAGUCUGGCAGCAAUGAAUCAAACUCGCCAAACAAAGAGAUGUUGAUGGAAACCAACGAACUAGAACCUGGCAAACCGUGCAAAUCCAUGUGCGAUACGGAUCAAGGGGUGGGAUUUGUUGAGUUACCGCAGCAAGGUGGCCAAUCUGAGUUAAUUGUCAAUUUAAUCGAUUCAAUUAAGCAUAAUAUAUUAUACUAUACAAAAAGACCUAUUAUCGAGACGUACUCCUGGUGGAUGCUGCUGUCCACAUGCUUACUCGGGGUGAUGCUGGUCGGAACUGUUGCACUAGUAGUAAUCGUCAGACUGAGAGAUAAGAAACGUUGGAACAAAUCGGACUUUAGUCCGGAACCAAAAAAGAGUCCCCCGCUAUACGACACGAUUGACAUAUCGCCAAAGACGUUUUGGGCCACGUUGUCGCCCACGGGCAACAUCGACACGACGGCCACAACCCGGCGACCCGUGCACCACCAUCCGCAGACCAUAGCCAACCCGAACUUCGAGAACGGCGCGUACUAUCCGUACGAACAGCAACACGAAUACCAGCAGAUCACCACCAUCCGCCGUGCCAUACCCGAGUACCAGACCAUCAGACCCCACGUGUCAUCGCCCACGCGCAUCGAGCACCCAAACAUGCCACCGUUGAAUCUUUACAGGUCGAUACGCCGGAUUUCGGACUUGGAAUCGCCAUGAACCGCCCUGGCGGACGGCGAUCACGUGAUGGCCGACAAUCAUAUCAUGGAUCAAUACGAUAAUGUGUUCGUGCUACGAGUAUGAUUAAAUAUAAUAUACAACGUGCAGUUAAACGACGUAUUAACGUAUUGACGUAUAAACGAUCGUAUGUAUUCUAGAAAUCCCAUCGGAGGACGACAACGACAAUAAUAACAUUAUUAUUUACUUAACGUGUUUUGACCGUUUUCCAAAGCCGUUGCCGAACUUUCCGGUAGAUGUCGUCCAACAUUUUUUUUUUUUUUAAGUCGUGGAAGUAUUUGUAUUUACAUACAUUUUUACUCCCCAGUUAUCCUCGAAAUUGUUUUUAUUUGGCCAUCACACUCUGUAUUUAUGUAUAUAUAUUUGACAAAAAAAAUCAAUAACUCCUAGACGCAUACUGUCGUUAUUUAUAGUCUGAAUAUAUAGGCAAUAGGUACACAUAUAUACUGUUUAAUAUUAUGUAUAGACGGCUUACUUAUAUUACGUAAAUCUAUAUGUAUCUCUAUCUCUCCGAAACUAAUAUUCUUUUUUACUUUUUCGACAUAUGAUUUUUUUCAUGUUUUCAACAAAAUCAAUCGUUCGUGAUAAUCACACAAUACGAUAAACAUUACAAUAAGAAGAAAUGUGUUACAAGAUACAUAAAUCAGCGUACCUUAUUGUGCCAUGUUCAAAACUGAACGACGUUAUUUUGUUUGUUUGUUUUUUUUUUACAAACCAGUAACUUCCAUUAUAAUAUACAACGUAGGGUGAAAUAUACACAUCGAAAUUGAUUUUCAUUUUUGAACAUUAUUUUAUGUAUAUACACCUUUAUAACCAAUAAUAAAAACCUAUCUUUUUUGAUUUUUAAUAUUAAUAUUUCUACCAAAUUAUCUAGUCCUCACGUUAAAUACUAUUAGUUUAUUAAAUAAAAAAUGUAUUACUUUUAAUAUAUUAUACAUAGGGAAACCGUCGAGAAGAACACACUUGAUUUUUCGUUUAAAUUUGUAGAAAUGAACUAAGAUUUCGAGUAGGUACGACACUCCUUUACUAUAUACCUGUAAUGACUGAAAUAUUUUUUUAUACAGAUCUCUUGUCAAUACUUGAACGUGCUUAUAAUUUUUGCCCAAGUUAUUUAAGACUUUAUGUAAUAUUAUUUAAGAAUGACACUUGUAAUAUUUGUUUUUGCUGUACGUAUUCAGCUGUUAUAUUGUU